UCCCCUGUCCCUGGAGGAGCUGCCUGCCUCAGGAGGGAGGAUCAAGCCCACUCCAGUGCUUGUUUCUUCUCUUCUCUCCAUGCUCUGAAGAUGUCCAAGGGCAGCAUCUGCCUGCGCUCCCUCAACGAGACACUGAACAGAGUAGAAACCAGGUUGCAAACCCUGGAAGCUCGCUUCACUGACCUGGACUCCAGCUUGCAGAACCUAGCACAGAAGUUUGAACUGCAGGCUGAGACUCUGGAGAAGAUCAGCCAGGAUACCCCCUGGAUCUGGGAGCCUGGGGAGAGGCUCGGCUGGGAGGAGGAGCGGUGGGACGGCGAGGGACGGGGCGGAGCGGAGCGGCGGUUGGGCGGGCAGCGCUGUGGCGGCAGCGGCCAUUGCGGGAGGCACCGGCCUGGCCCGGGCCCCGCACCCCUCGCUGCCCCGCCGCCCAGCAGCGGCUCGGUGGGUGCUGACCCGGGGUGCGGGGCCGUGCGGGGCCGGGAGCGGCCGCUGGCCCCUCCGAAGUGGUGAAGCGACGUCCUGGGCAGGGGGGAAGCCCGGCGGGGCUGUGUGUGCGGGUUCCCUCUCAGGGCUGGUAUGUCUGGGCCACCUGGAAAAACCCCGUGAAGAGCACUGGUCACAGAAAGACUGGAUGAUUCCCACCUUGAUUUUAAGCUGUACAAGAAGAUGCUGAAGUGUUGAAAGCACCGGUACUGCUUUUGUACUGAUCUUCCUCCCCCACUUUGAGUCAGCAUGUCGAAGAAAUCAGAAGCUCCUCUUUCCCUGUCUGACUGUCUCUGCCAGAUCUGCAUGGAGAUCCUUGUGGAGCCUGUGACCCUGCCCUGCAGCCAUACCCUCUGUAACUGCUGUUUCCAGCUGACCGUGGAAAAGGCCAGUCUGUGUUGUCCUUUCUGUCGCCGACGAGUCUCCUCCUGGGCACGAUACAAUGCCCGCAGGAAUACUCUCAUCAACUGGGAGCUCUGGGAGAAGAUCCAGAAGAAUUACCCAAAGGAAUGUGAACGGAGGAUCAACGGGCAGGAUUUAGAAGAGGAAAUCUGUGUCCCCUGUCCACAGCACCAGCUGAGCAAGCCUGGGGAACUGAGGCAGGAAUAUGAAGCAGAAAUUAGCAAGGUGGAGGCAGAAAGGCGAGCACAUGAACAAGAGGAGAACAAGGCAAGUGAGGAAUACAUUCAGCAGCUCCUGGCAGAGGAGGAGAAGGAGGAACACAGACUGGCAGCAGAGAGACGGCGGGAGAUGGAGAAGCAGCUGAAGCAAGAUGAAGAGUUGGCCUGGCAGCUGAGUAACAGUCUGAAUGAUGAUUCCAAAGGACACAGUCUUAGAAGUCCUUCACCAGCAGGCAGUCUUUCAUCUCAAACAUCCCCAGCUAAUUCCUGCAAGAUGAAGAACAAACCAGGGAGCUCUGGAGACAUUCAGAAGUAUCUUUCUCCAAAAGCUCAUCAUGCAUUGGGAUCCACAUCAUUUUGUAGAACAAUGGAAAGAGGCAGGAGUGACUCUGGUUCUUUGGUGACCCACAGCAAGGAAGGCAGCAGCUCUGCAUGGCCAGACGAGCAAGAGGAAAUGCCAACACUGUCUCCACAGCAGACUGGUGUGACCCAAGGCUGCAGUGCUAAGGAUCCUUUUUUUGAAUCAUGCAUGAACUAUUUCAGUGCCUCAGCACCAGAGGAAACCACUGAUGUCAAGCAGGGCAAAACACCAGAACCAGACUGUCCAGGAGGUGAAGAUCCAGAUGUGCCUCAUGGAAUCACAGCAGGGUCUGGAGCAGCUCCUUGUGGCUCCAGAGGAGAUGAUGGCACUGAGACAGACAGUGACAGUUUAACACAUGCAGACAGCACAAGCCUUGAAAACCCCACUGAAACUUGUCCCUGGUUUCAGUCAGCAACAGAUGUUGUGAUGUCUGAUCAUGAAGGUGCAGAGUGUGAGCUCCAGAAGGUGGGGAGGCUGCAAAACACAAAGGAGACUCCGAAAAGAAAGUCCCUGGAGCCAGGAGCUGAAGCAGCAGCUGACGUCUGCGUGCUUGAUAAGAAGAGAAAAACUUUCCCCGAAAAUGUACAGGACCACGGGGAGCAGAUGAAUGAUUUUGACUUGGAAUUGCACAAAGCCUUUGAGCAGGAGUUCUAUGAGAGGCGGAUGCAGGAGAAGCAGGACAGGCUCCUGGCUCUGCAGCUGCAAAAGCAGAUGGACAAGGAGCAAAGGACCCUGAAUCGUCAGAAGGGCUCUCCAGAUGAAUACCUUCUGCGUGCCAAACCACCUCAGCUGCUCAAAGACUCUCCUGCCAGGAAGGGAAGCCCUAGGCUGGCAAAAGACUCCAAGGUACCAAAAAACCAGUCUGAAACAAACCACCGCAAGACUCGGAAAGGCUCUUGCAAUGAAAACUGGCAGUCCCCUACCAGAGCCAGGGUGAAAUCACCCAGCACCAAGUGGGGAAAGGUUCUGAAUUGUGUGGUUAACACCAGUGACACGAAGGAUGCUUGUUCAUUACCUAAGAAUAAGCAGAAGACAAUCCUUCAGAUGUUUAAAAGCCCUGUGGUGGAGUAGAUCAACUGACACAUGGUUGGAAUGAGAAUGAAUGGUCAUUCCUUCUCCUUUCUUUAGACAAAACUUCCUGCAAACUGUUUUCAGGUUGUUGGUUUUGAGGGGCAUGCUUUGAGUUACAAAUUUAUCUAUUCCCCCAGGCUAAAAAAAUGUUAAUUGCUCUUUUCUUGACUACACCUUGUUUUUAAGCACUUGUGCUUACAUCAGUUUGAAUGUGAAUACCAUUAGUGUUUAAGACCAAAGUAACUGAUGGCUUUAUAGUCUUGGAAUGAGAAUUUUUACAGUAAAGAUGCACAUUCCAGGGGGGAAACAAACAAACAAAAAAGUAUAUUUCUGGUUGUCUGCCAACUGUAAGGCUGAGUCUUCCCUUGGCACAGCCACUGCUCUGUUAAAUGGAAGCAUGCUGCUGGGGUUUUAGCUGUUUGUUGAAUGGCAUUGUUUGCACCAUGGUUAAUGAAUAGCAUCAGACAGGAGUCUUCCAGAUGCACUUUCUCCAUCUCUCUCGUGUCUACUUUGCCCUUUCAGGGAUGGAGGGGAAAACCAGGUCAUUGUUGGGCUUGUAUUUACCUCUGUUCACAGAGCUGACUUCUGCAGAUCCCAUUCUCACUGUCCUUAGGAAAAAGUUUUGGGUUUUUCAUUGUUAGCGUUCUGCAACUUUAUUUUUGUGUGCUACUACUACCUGUGGUUAGUGCUGCUUAGUUUUUAUAUGCCAGCUGGCCUGAGCCUGAUUAAAAACAAUAAUCCUGAUAGUCCCCAAGACAGGUACUAUGAAGUUACACCAGAAGGGGGAAGCAGAUGAAAAGUGGCAUUUUCAGGAAUGACAGAACUGAAGAUUCACAUUACCACUGUCCCUGGCUCUGAACUCUUCCCAUUUUUAGAGGGACUGCUUUAUGCUGUCUUUCAGUUGAGUUUUAAACUGACAUCAUUCAAAGAUGACAGUUCAGAUGUAGGGAAGCUGAGGGCUGUAGGAAUUUGAGGCUGGUGAAGUCACCCAGCUGCUGAUCAGCAGAGGAGAUGUUCUUGCUGGAUUGUUUUCUCCGUUGGGAAUUGGGAAUUUGAAACUCUAUUUUUGGCCUUUCUUUGCUUGCAAUUUUUCCAUUGUAGGUGUUUGAAAGAGAGCAAAGCAUCAAUUUGCAUUGCUGAAGCAUGUGUGCUAGUCACCAAAGUUUGCAAAUGUUUUAAAUGUGUUCUUUUGUUUAUUUUUUAAAAUCAUUUAUAGCCUUUAACUUGGUUCUGGAAAAUUUGGAAUACUUAAAAGCAGUAUCCUCUGAUUUUUUAAGUUUAAAAAACCAACAUCAAACAAAAGAACCAGACAAAACCCACAACCUGAAAACUUACUACAAGCAUGAACAGCAGACUGAGAGGGAACUGGAACUGUUUUCUUUGCCUGGAUGUCUCUGUGAAUGGUGGGUUUCUCAUAAGUGAACGGUAUGUUCUAAGAUGCUUUUUGAGAAACUCACAAUAGGUGACCAGUUGCAAAUCAUUCAUUUUUUCCUUUUGCUGCCCCAACUAUUGUCCUGGGAGCCUUCCUUAGCUGUAGAUGUCUUUCUGUUUAAUCCUUACCUUUGUUUGGGUUGUUUUCUGUGUUACUUGUGUUUCCAUACUGGUGAUGGCCUUCCCAGUCAUCACAGUUCUGCAAGAAGUAAACCUAUCAAUUUUCAAAACAGAUGAGGAGAAAGAGUUUACUUUUUAAAAUCUAUUCAGCCUCAUUUUA